UCCAGAAAGAGAGAACGAACGUUCAGUUCUCGCCGCAUAGUCGUCGCGGUAUGAAGUGUUUUUUAAAAUAGUGUUCGUUUGCCGUUUCUAAUAUCUAUUUUCUUUUAAUAUAAUCAAAAGAAGUUAUUAAAAAAAAGAAGUAAUAAAUAAAUGAUUAUUAGAAAAGAAAGAAGAAAAAUUCUCAUCUUCUUUUUCUUUUUGGACAAUCUGGAUCAUGUUACAAUUAAUUCUACGUUUAAUUAAAUGAAAUAAGAUAAUGGAGUCAGCCAUUUUGGAUCUAAUCGAGUAUUAUUUUGAUUAAGGAAAAUUUUGGCUAUAAUAGUAGGUUUUGUUUUUAUUUGAAGAACCUUAUUAAAAAAGAAGAUAUAUAUAUAUAUAAUUAAUUUUAUUGUUAAGAUCUCAUUAGAUGUUCAGUUACAAUUAACCUAAUUAUUUGAAGCCCGAUAAAAAAAGAAAAAUGUCUUUUUCUUUAAUCAUAUUACAAAUUGAUCAAAGAGUAAAAAGUUUCUAAGAAAAUGACUGUGUUUUUCUUCAAACUUCGACUACUUACUUCCAAUAGUAAUUUAAAAAAGUUUCUCAGUUUAAAUAUUACCCAAGGAAUUCUCUUCUGGUGUAAUAAGUGAAUGAAGAAGAAGAAGAAGAAGAAGAAGACAAGUAAAUUAGAAAUUCAGUUUAAUUGUAGAUAAGAAAUUCUUGAUUCAGAAGAUCGAUCAAUCGAUCAAUUUCUCGUAUUAAAGUAGAAAAAGAAGAAGAAAAAAAUCGAAUUAACAUCGAAUCAGCAAUCUCUUUUCCGAGCCGGCCAUAUUGAAUUUCCUUUCGAUUGGUAAAAGCAAAAGAUAACGUUCUUUGGGUUAGUUUAAUGUCCUUUUCCUGAAUUGUGGUAAAGUGCUAGUAAUAAUCGUUCAAAAUAAAAAGAAAAAGAAAAGAAAAGAAAAAGAAUACGCCGUCGGUUAAGGCCACCGUCGGCGAAUCGACAACAUGGCCGAUCACGAAAGAAUCAGAUUGGUUGUAUUAGGUGGCGCUGCUGUUGGUAAAAGCGCCAUUAUACGACGUUUAUUAGGACAAGGUUUUACUGAACGAUAUAGGCCAACUGUUGAAGAUUUAUAUUCCAGAGAAUGUGUUCUUGGAAAUCUCACACUUAAAGUUGAUCUUCUCGAUACUACUGGGGAUUUGCAAUUUCCAGCUAUGAGAAGAUUGAGUAUAGCCACAGCUCAUGCUUUUCUUCUCGUUUAUGCUAUUACUUCAUCACCCAGUUUCGAAUGUGUAAAACGAUGUUUCGAGGAAGUUAGAGAACAACGUACAGAUUUUCAGGAAGUACCAAUAGUGGUUGCUGGUAAUAAAUAUGAUUUAGCUGAAACACGAAGAGAAGUACCAAUAGAAGAUGUCAGCGAAUGGUUAUUCUGUGAAUUACCAAAACUUCGAGCCAAAGUUAUGGAAUGUUCUGCCAAAGAUGGUUACAAUAUCAAAGAUAUAUUUAGGUGUUUCGUUACACUUUCUAGAAUCGUACCAAAAAAUCCAACCGGAGAAUCUGACGAGUCAGGAUUGAGAAGAAGAUGUUCAGCUUAUGGUUCACGAAGAUCCGGCAGUCCUGGUAGCAGAUCCGGAAGUGCCGGUUCCGGAAGUCCUCAGCCACCACAAUCGAUUGCAAAUCAAAAUGUCAACGUGAUGCCUUCAACAGCAACUGAAGAAGUCAAAAGCAAACCACGUAGUCGUAGUUUGAUCAGACGUGCCUCAAGAAAAACUAAACAACAAAUUCGAGACUCACAUGCGGAAGAUUGCAACAUCUCUUAAAGAUGAUUUUAAAAUGACAAAAGAAGAA